CACAGCUAUCUCACAGCAGCAGCAGCAGCAGCAGCACACACAACAAAAACCAACAAACUGUGAAUGGCUUCGUCAAGCAGGAUGCUCACCGCGGCGGUGCUGGCGGUGCUGUUCGUGGGCGCGAUGUGCGAGGCCCCCGUGACGUUCACGGUGGAGAAGGGCUCCGACGAGAAGAACCUGGCGCUGUCCAUCAAGUACAACAAGGCGGGCGACUCCAUGGCGGAGGUGGAGCUCAAGGAGCACGGCUCCAACGAGUGGCUGGCCCUCAAGAAGAACGGCGACGGCGUGUGGGAGAUCAAGAGCGACAAGCCGCUCAAGGGGCCAUUCAACUUCCGCUUCGUGUCCGAGAAGGGGAUGAGGAACGUGUUCGAUGAUGUUGUGCCCGCUGAAUUCAAGGUCGGCACCACCUACAAGCCCGAGGAGUAGGCCAUGGAUUGUCACAAGUAUUUGACUUUUCCUCCUAUUGGGUCGUCGGGAUUGUCUCGUUAAUAGUUUUUCAAGACUUUUAUUUAUGAGGUGUUCAUAUGUAUAAUGAUUCGGAGAAGCAGCGGCGGAUGUGCUUGCUUGCUAGUAUCUCUCAUGCACCCGCUGUCUUGACGGUUCUUUUUUGGUUUUAUAGUUAUACACGUAUAUAUCCAUAUAUUGUGAUCCA